GUUGAUUUGAUUUGACUGAACGAAGAAUUUUCUGUGAAAGAUGGUUCAGUAUUCGACAACUUGUUUGUGUUGAUAUAUCAUGUAUUGGAUCGGAUUGAGGGCUGAUAAUAACCAUGACCGAUCCUCUUCCCACAAUAAACAUUGAUCAGCUCACUAGCUCUGUGACCAGUGUCCUGGCCUCAGCUCCACAAUCAGACUAUGUGGCUACUACCACAGGCACUGGCACUUGUGCCUCACAACCGUCCUCAACUGCAGUUACCUCCCCUUCAUUGGUCAUGACUCAUUCAAUGACCUCUCCAAUCACAACUGUUCCUCUGUCAAGUGUCCCUGGCAUGCCAUUGUCAAGCCUCCCCACCCCCCAGUCUAUGAUGCCAGUCAUGGUGCUGGCCUACGUAGGUGGAAGACCGACACUGCUGUCCCUAACGGAUCAGCUGACAAGUAGCAAAUUCCCCACAGCAACCUCCAAUGGUCCUCAACUGCAGCAGACUGUACACAGUAUUAGUCACGUGGACAGCAGCAGUAUGAUACCUGUGUCAGGUUCCAUGUCCCAGACUUGCCGGCCGUCAGUUCUCCCACAGAUACAGCCUUUGCCUUCACAAGCAGAACCGGUACAAGUGACAAAUAAAUCUGAACAGAGUAUCCCUGGUCAUAUCUUGAUCCAACCCAAGCCUACAGUAGCCACAUCCUGUGCUCCAAUACCCCAGUCUACCCAGCCUGUUCAGUCUAUCCCCACCUCCACUGGCCCCCCUCUGCCCAGAGCCCUUACCCCCAUGACCAGUCAGACCCACAGGAUGACCCCUAUUGACCUCCAGGCCCUUCUUAAUCAGUGUGUCCAGAGUCCAGUUCUGACUCAUCAGCCAUGUUCUAGUCAAACUCCCAGCAACAAUCUCUUACAGCUGGCAGCAGGGGGGAUAACUGCUGAGCAUCCAGUGUCUCAGGGAGAAAUACCAUGUAUGCCUCCAGCCCAGGGGUUAACUUCCCUUCCUGAUCCAGUCCCCAUCCCACCCCUAUCUCAGCAGAGUGUACUGCAUAACCAGGUACACACCAACACAUCAGCUAUGAUGCCGUCAGGGACCGUAGCUGGUUCAGGGGCAGAGAACUCUGACACACCUGUCAUGAUGGAGAGCCAGUCCAUGGGUCCUCCGCCUCCAGGAACACUAACGGUUGGUGAUCAUGACAACACAACAGAGCAGACAGGCCUUACCAAUGUCCAGCAGUUGAUGACCAGUCUGGAUGGCCUCAGUCCAGUAGCUAAUAGUGUCUGCUCAUUAACCGGAGAGUACCAUAACAUUUCAGUGCUGGACCUGUUGAUGAAAGUCCAUGGUGGUGACCUCGAAAAGACCAGUCAGGAAGGGAUGGGCAAAAGCACUCCAUUUUCAUCAGGGCCCACCCCUGGGGAACCUGCCACACCCAGUGACACGGCUUCUAUCACACAGUUCUUCUGUGUUGAGUGCUGCAGUAGUAGUGAGUCUCCAUGUAAGGUACAUGAGUGUAAAUAUACACGGGUCUAUGACAAACCCAUCAGCACCAAGGCCAGGAUGACACUGCCAGAUGUCCUCUACUUGUCGCAGAGCUCUGUCAGCUCCAACUUACCAGGAGUGUGGACAAAGUCAUUUAUGUCAAGUCAUACUGUGUUUGGACCAGUCAUUGGAGAGCCAAAAUCUGCCCAUGAAUGUGACAAGGAGAAAAAACCUAACUUCUUCACGUGGAAGAUUUUUUACGAUGGUAAAGCAGAGGGUAUCUGUGUAUCGGAUGAAAAUCAUUCAAACUGGAUGAGGUUUGUGAAGCCUGCUCGGGCCUCAGAGGAGCAAAAUGUGGUGGUAUAUCAGCAGGGGAGAGAAAUCUUCUUCAGCACAUGUAGAGAUCUGAUGCCAAACCAAGAACUGCUUCUCUGGUAUUCCAAAGAUUAUGCCAAAGCCCUGGGUAUGCCAUCAAUGCCUGGAACCAUGGCUACGUGUAAUGUUUGCUCCAAGUCCUUUCCAAACACCAAGUGCCUGGGUCAACAUGUGAAGUACUCACACCCGGACAUGUCAACACGAAAGUAUAAGUGUGAAUACUGUGGACGUGGGUUCAAUUCCUCCUCCAAGCUGAAGAGCCACGUUUUGAGUCACCUGGGAGUCAAGCCUUACAUGUGUGCACAGUGUGGGAAGAAGUUUACAGAGAAGCCUAAUUUAACCAGACACAUGUUCAUUCACACAGGAGAGCGUAAAUUUGCCUGUGAGGUCUGUGGACGAGGUUUCAGGCAGAAGGCCCACCUACAGUCGCAUAUCCUGGUCCACACAGGAGAGAGAACCAUACGCUGUCGAUACUGCGAAAAGCUAUUUGCUCGCACCUCUGACCUCAAGCAGCACGAGUACCAGCACACCAAGGAGAAAGUUUUCACAUGUCCACAUUGUAACAAGGUCUUCUACAAACUACAGAACUUCAAAAAACACUCCAAAAUUCACUCGGGACAAAAGGACUACCCGUGUCACCAAUGUGAAAAGUGUUUCUUUACACGAUACCAUAUGAAACGCCACCUACAGACUUGUAAAGGAACUAAGGGUCAUUAUACCUUAGGCCCAGAGGAUCCUGAAAUUGUGGCCCUGAACAUGGACCAUUGCGCAGCAUCUUGUGAGGAGGUACCCACUCCUCCUGACCCUCCUAGCCAUAACCAAAAACGGACUAAAGUUAAAGGAAAAGGGAAAAAAUAGGGUUCUAUUUAUUAUGUGUAGGUAAUUAUUUUUGUUACAAAACUACAUUUUAAGAAUUUCAUCUUAUUUACAUCAAAAUGGUUUUAAAGAUUUGUGUUUGCCAAAGUUAGUAUUUCCCUGUGGCUAGUCAGAUUUAUUUACCAAUGCUGCAUUGAAAUUGUACCAGUGUUAAUCAUGAAAAAUUAAAAUUCAGUAUUUAUUCCAAGUAAUGACUUAUUUAGGUUUUGUGUGAACUGAGAAGAACAUUUGAAAAAUGAAGUACGCCCUGUCUGAAAGAUCUCCAGAAAAAUACAUCAGCUUGUUCUUUUACCUCUUUUUUCCCCCCAAGAAUAUUUUAACCACCUUUUGAUGUCAUAAACAAUCUUGCUGAGAAAGUGUAAUUUAGAAUUCAGUUUCAAACUUAGAUUUAAAAAUCUGGAAAAAUAGGUGAUAGUACAUGAAGCUUCAAUUAAGCUUCCUUAAAUCCACUUCUCACUUAUCUUUUAUAGAUGUAUGAAUGUAUUUAUUUAAUUGAUUAGUGUUUUACACUCGAUGGUCUAGCUUAUGGUUAGAGAAUACAA